UAAAUAAAUUAUAUAAACUAACAUUUUGCUUUCAGUUUAACAGCUUGUGGAACUUUCAGUAUUAGUAUAUUUGCCUUUUUAUUAAAAUGCAUGAUCACCUAACUUGAAAAUUAAGUAAGCUACAGACUCGGUAGAGCUCCAAUUUACGUUAUUAUGCUUCAUUUCCUGAUCUGAGCUCAAAUUCAGUCCUACAGUGUUUUACUCUGAAAGCAUAAACCGGAAGUGCAGUUGUUACCCUGUUAGCUUCAAAUCCGUAUUAACGGAGUUCUCCAUUAAGAUUGCUAACCUCCAGCACACCCCGCCCAUUAGAAAAGAAUGUACAGCUGUAGGAGAGACUGGCUUUGACACCACCACCACCCCCCACUCAUGAACUGAUGGAAGUCAGUCAGACAAACGUGCUCAGUGAUGAAAGUGAACCGGCUAGGGCCGCUCAUCCUGGGUUUUUCCCAACCUGCGAAGCCGGAAAGAGCGACCACCAUCCAGCGGGACAUUGCGUGGACUUCCCGGUGUCGGUGGUCCUUCCUGCCGGUGGCACCGGAGAGAGAACUGGACUACAAACACCAAAACAGUUUUGCUCCUUUCUGGGUAGACCGCUUAUAAGCUACACUAUCCAGGCAUUUGAGAGGGUGCUAUGGAUCCAAAGCAUUGUGGUUGCUGUUGCCAAAGAAAACAUGGACCUCAUGAUGGACAUCAUCCAGCGGUUCCAGCAUAAGAAGGUUCGAGUGGUGUCAGGCGGCUCGACUCGCCACAGGUCGAUAUGCAACGGGGUCUUGGCUCUGGGUGGGGAGGAUACGCCCGAAACUGACAGACCCAAGGUGCUCAUCAUACAUGAUGCAGUGCGGCCUUUUGUGGAGGAGGACUUUCUGUACCAGAUAGUAAUGGCUGCCAAGGAACAAGGGGCAGCAGGAGCUAUCCGACCUCUUGUUUCCACGGUGAUAGCUACCACAUCAGAGGGCUACCUGGAUCAUUCUCUGGAGCGAGCAAAGUACAGGGCCAGCGAGAUGCCUCAGGGAUUUACAUAUGAUGUCAUCUAUCAGGCUUAUCAGAGGUGCACUGAAUCAGACUUUGAGUUUGGCACCGAGUGUCUCCAUCUGGCUCUGCAGUACUGUGGCACCAAUGCCAAGCUCAUUGAGGGCCCUCCAACACUGUGGAAGGUGACCUACAAACGGGAUUUGGCUGCAGCAGAGUCCAUCAUAAAAGAGACUCUGUCACAGUCGGCCUGCUUUAUCACUGGAGGAUUGACACCUGCUGUCAGACUAGCUGAUGCUCUCCAAAAGGCCAUUGGAGCUCUAGAUAUGGAGCUGGACGUCAUCCCAGACCUAAUGGGAGACAAUGCCAGGUAUCUGUUCAAGGAGUGGAACUUCAUCCAGGUUUCUAUCAAUCAUUUUUGCCUGUCUGAGGUAGAGGCUGUACUUGGGGCUUUGCAGGUAGCAAAUCGAGCUCUUCUCCAUCCGCUUGUCGUCAUUUGGGUGUGUCUGAGAAGUGGAGAUGAGCUGUCUAUCAGCAGCAGUGUAGCAGAGCCUGCUGCCAUCAUGGAUCUGGCCUCAACGGUGAAGCUCCAGAACAUUCUCCUAUAUAGCAUCCAGCUUCAUCAAUCCAAAGACACUGAGUGCUGGGAGAGGUCAGCGUCCAGGGUCGCGGAGAUUGCAUCAGCCUUGAUCCGAGAGAGGAGCCCUGCCCUGGUGGGGCAACUUCUGCAGGCAUGAAAGGAGGCAGCGCCAGCAGAAAAUCCCUACAUGGUGAGAGAGUUUGUGGAAGUUAUUUUCCUCUUUUUUUCUAAAAAUCUCUUUAACUUUCCAUCAGUCUAAAGAGAUGUUUCCACAGUUAAGUAGAAGAUGGACAUAAAAAGAGAAUUGUAAAAAUGAAAGUAACAGAAGUUGAGACAUCCUGACUUUAAAGUACAUAAUAGAGUGUUACAUUUAUUUUUAUGCAGCUCAGUAGCAUCUUUUGUUUUUGUGCUCUGCCUGGCAACCCCACAGCUUUGUUCAUGGCUUGUUGGUCUCCUGCAUACAGACUACACUGUAAUGUAAGGGGUACAAGGGAGCAUGUGAUUGAUCUGAUAUGUUAAAAGCAUGAGACAGGUGAUCAGAAAGAAGUAUGAAGCAGCAACUCUUGGCUCCUUUUUUAGCUGCUGUGGUUGCACAGUGUCUCACUUGUUGAUCUUUGAUGCAUUUUGCAGGAGGGCUGGGUAGAAAGUUUCCACAAGAACCUGUUGUAUUAAUGAGGAUUUUGAGAAAUAUUGUAAAGAUAAAAAGAUAAAAUCACUAGACUUUAAAUUCACUGCUGUAUUAUAAAAAAAAUGGGGAAAAAAAAGUUUUUCAGCUUGAAAUUUUAUUUUUGACAUUAAAGAUGGGAGAAAAAUCCCUCCAAUUAUCUACAAUUCUCUCUUCAUCACUAAAGUUUAACAUGAAAGAAAAAGCAGCAAUUUCUGAGUUAUGUAACAGCUGUUUCACACACAUUUUGUAUGUUUGUAUGUACAGCUGCAGCAUGGUGUGUGUAUACUGACUUAAAAUCAACUCCAAUGUACAGGUUUUUACAGGGAAUGAAUUUUUUUGCCAGUCAGUGCUAUAACAUAGCUUAAUGAAGUAUUUUUUUAACAUGUUCUGGAUGACAGCAGAGAAGUGAGGCAUUGAUGUGUCAAGCUUUGGCAGCUCGUUAAUAUUUUUGACCUGUGUAUUUAAUACUGUACUUGAUUCAUUGAGGUAUUUUUACUUAAACCAUGUAUGCCAAAAAGUGCUGAUUUACUGCUAGAAAAGCUGCUCAUGAAUGCAACAUGGAUCUGAGGAUGUGUGCAUUUUAUAUUUCAUUAAAACUGUUCAAAU